CUCCGCGGCCUGCAGUCGGCCGGGUGCGCGGGGAGCGGGUUCCGCUGCGGGGCCCCGGGCGCCGCCCGCUCGGGUGGCUCACGAUGCGCGGCGGGCAGGACGAGGCGCGGGCCCCGGUGCUCCAGUUCACCAACUGCCGCAUCCUGCGAGGCCGGUCGCUGCUCAGGGAGGAUUUGUGGGUGCGCGAAGGCCGCAUUCUGGACCCCGAGAAACUGUUCUUUGAAGAGCGGCGAGUGGCGGAUGAGCAGCGGGACUGCGGGGGCUGCAUCCUAGCGCCCGGCUUCAUCGACGUGCAGAUCAACGGUGGAUUUGGCGUUGACUUCUCUCAGGCCUCGGAGGACGUGGGCUCGGGGGUCGCCCUGGUGGCCCGGAGGAUCUUGUCGCACGGAGUCACCUCCUUCUGCCCCACCUUGGUCACCUCACCACCCGAGGUUUAUCAUAAGGUCCUUCCUCAGAUCCCCGUGAAGAGUGGUGGUCCCCAUGGGGCAGGGGUCCUCGGGGUGCACCUGGAGGGCCCGUUCAUCAGCCGGGAGAAGCGAGGUGCACACCCUGAAGCCCACCUGCGCUCCUUCGAGGCCAAUGCCUUCCACGACGUGCUGACCACCUAUGGGGCCCUGGACAACGUCCGCAUCGUGACUCUGGCCCCCGAGCUGGGCCGUAGCCGAGAGGUGAUACGGGCCCUGGUGGCCCGGGGCAUCUGUGUGUCCCUAGGACACUCGGUGGCCGACCUGCAGGCCGCGGAGGAAGCCGUGCAGUGUGGGGCCACCUUCAUCACCCACCUCUUCAACGCCAUGCUGCCUUUCCACCACCGUGACCCGGGAAUUGUGGGGCUCCUGACCAGUGACCGGCUGCCACCAGGCCGCCACAUCUUCUAUGGGAUGAUAGCUGAUGGCACGCAUACCAACCCCGCGGCCCUGCGCAUCGCCCACCGGGCCCUUCCCCAGGGGUUGGUGCUGGUCACUGACGCCGUUCCUGCCCUGGGCUUGGGUGAUGGCCGGCACACGCUGGGGCAGCAGGAGGUGGAAGUAGAUGGACUGACAGCCUACGUGGCAGGCACCAAGACACUGAGUGGCAGUAUAGCUCCGAUGGACGUGUGUGUCCGGCAUUUCCUACAGGCCACAGGCUGCAGCGUGGAGUUGGCCCUGGAGGCUGCGUCCCUGCACCCCGCUCAGCUGCUGGGGCUGGAGAAGCGCAAGGGGACCCUGGACUUCGGGGCUGACGCAGGUCAGGGCCUGGUGUGGGCUCCCGGGCCUCUGAGGACUUGGGAGCUCCCGCAGUACUCGGGAUGGUGCAGUACAGGGCAGGUGGGGGCUUCCCUGUGUCCAGGUGGCCUUGCCCACCACCACCUCCAGCCUGGGCCCCUUUUCCCAUUAGGCCAGGCUUCCUGGCGAAUGAGACGAGGCCUGGUGGGGGCUGCCUGGGCCUUUGUCCCGUGUACCCCACCGCCAGGAACGCUGGCUCCCGGACCUUGGGCAGCCUGCGAGGGGUUGGGGUGCCCUACCCAAAUCGUGUUGCCAGCUUCGGUUUCCCCACCAGCUCCUGGGUGGCUGUGGAGAUGGGAACAGAGCUUCUCUCAGGGGUAAUGAAGCUCCUGGGAGCUGGGUGGGGAUGGGGGUGCCUGCGCGUUCCCCUCCCCACCCCCACCGCCUCCUCACCACCCGCCUCUGACCCAGACUUCGUGGUGCUCGAUGACUCUCUCCACGUGCGGGCCACCUACAUCUCGGGCGAGUUGGUGUGGCA